GCGAAAAUGAAUUGGUUUCACUUCAGUCUCUCAAGAUAAAAGGCCCUCAGACUGCUGAGACGCAUCAGAUCAUCGGCAAGCGGCUUCUUCAGACCACUUCUGAAGAUGGAAAUAAUGUCCGGCGAGCGUAAGGAUCUGGGUAGAGCUCUGUGCAUCAUCACAGGAGCGUCUAAAGGUUACGGCCGGACGCUGGCCUUACAGCUGAGCUGUCUGAUGAAGCCCAGGUCUGUUCUCAUGCUGGUGGCCAGAAGCGUGGAUCAGCUCAACAAGGUGAAGGAGGACGUCAGGGCUCUGAAUGACGGACACAAGAAGCUGGACGUCCGCUGCGUGCAGGCAGAUUUAGAGAAGACGGAGGGGGUGGAGAAAACCGUCCAGGCAAUUAAAGACACGUCUUCAUCUGAGAUGGAUCGCUUCCUUCUGAUCAACAACGCAGCCUCUCUAGGUGACGUGUCGCGCUCGGCGCUGACCUUCACAGACCCCGCGGAGGUCAACCGUUACCUCUCUCUCAAUGUAAGCUGCGUGCUCAGUCUGACAGCCCGCGUGCUGCAGGCGUUUUCUCAUCGCGUCGGUGUGCCGCGGACGGUGGUCAACGUCAGCUCGUUGUGCGCGCUCAAACCCUUUCCAUCGUGGGUUCUGUACUGCACCGGGAAGGCGGCCCGUGACAUGAUGUUCAGGGUGCUGGCGGAAGAGGAGCCUGACGUGAGAGUUUUGAGUUAUGCUCCAGGUCCUCUGGACACAGACAUGCAGCUUCAAGCUCGUCGUUUCUCUGGCGACGUGAAGCUCAGACAGUCUUUCUGCUCAAUGUUUUCUGAAGGACAGCUGCUCUCCUGUGAGGAGUCUGGUGCCAAACUCAUGAAACUUCUGCUGGAUGACGAGUACCCGUCAGGGGCUCAUGUAGACUUCUAUGAGCUCUGAUGAGACUGGAAUCACAAAUGACAAGCUUAUGUACAUAGAUAGCACUUAUUUCUAUUGACUUUAUGGUACAGCAUGUUGUUUAUAUAUUUAUGUGUUGUAUUUAAUAAAGGGUUUUAACUCCACAUUUACUUUUUUUCUAUAAACAGAAUGACUGAAUGUGUGACCGUCUUUCAGCUUUGACUCUUUGGUUUGUUAAUGCAGCUGAGGACCUCCAGUGGUGAUCAGACACAUAACCAGACGAAUCAGAUCACACCUGGACAAAUAAAGACUAACAGGAAAAAUAUCUGGAAAAUAACAGACAUUGAUAUCUUUAUGUAGCAUAAUUCAUACAUAGAGAUCAUUUAAAAGGCAUUACAUGAUUAAACGAAAUGAACGGAAGAAAAAACAUACAUGAUGGAUAAAAAUGACAGCAAAAUUCUUGAAUUGAAUGAACAUAUAAAACCUGUGACGUGUUGCAGACUGUAAACAUUACGACAA